UUUAAUGCAGUCUAUUUGAUAUCGAUUAAUUGUGUAAUGAUGAGCUUUUUAUGUACAGUGAGGGUUGAAUUAAUCACAUCUCUUGAAUGGAUUGGACAGCACAAAAUGACGGCUGGGAUAACUAGCCAAUACAGCGAGCGCGCACGGUACCCGCGAGCCUCCCACGAGCACAGCAGCAGUUGCAUGGGACGCUUUCUCGCGCCCCAACAAUAGAGUGGUAAGUACCAUUAUCACCGGCUAUAACGGGGACAUUUUCUUGCGAAUGAACAUUGUUUCACACUCCUUACUUUGGAGAGAGCAUUUUGUCGCAUACGGGUAAAACUGACGGAUAUUUUUUUGUGUUACGAAACCUGUUUUCAGCUCGACCGGACCGGGUUUGGUGCCAAUUUCACCGAUAUCUACCCAGAGAUUCCCUUUGGAAAAAGAAGUAGCUGGAUUGUCCUCCGCCGCCGCCUCUUCCACCAGGAGUACAUUUGAUAUCAGAGACAGUACAAUCAUGGAUCCGACCCUGGGAUUUAAAUUCUUGGACACGGUGGCGUGCUCCGCUGCUCAGUGAGGAUGGGAAGGAAAUAAGAGGAAUUUUAACAAACGUAUCAGGUAGUGGUGUCGCAGCAGAAGGAUGCCGCUGGUGAAGCGCACCAUCGAGCCCAGGCACCUGUGCCACACGGUGCUGCCAAGGAACAUCAAGAAUGAGCUGGAGUGUGUGACUAACAUCUCCUUGGCCAACGUCAUACGCCAGCUCAGCAGCCUCAGUAAAUAUGCAGAAGACCUGUUUGGAGAGCUGUUCAACGAAGCCCACACCUUCUCUUUCCGGGUCAACUCCCUGCAGGAGCGCGUGGACCGCCUCUCUAUCAGUGUCACACAGCUGGACCCCAAAGAAGAGGAAUUGUCUCUUCAGGACAUUACCAUGAGGAAAGCGUUCAGGAGUUCCACCAUUCAGGACCAGCAGCUGUUUGACCGCACGUCGCUGCCCGUCCCACUGCAGGAGACCUUCCAGACGUGCGAGCAGCCGCCGCCCCUCAACAUCCUCACGCCCUACAGGGACGAUGGGAAGGAGGGUCUUAAGUUCUACACUAACCCGUCCUACUUCUUUGACCUGUGGAGAGAGAAGAUGCUGCAGGACACAGAGGACAAGAGAAAGGAGAGGCGGAAACAGAAGCUGGAAAUGCCUUAUCUUGUGUGUCCCAAUGGCCUCAUAAGAGUCCUCUCUGAAACCCCUCCUCCCUUCCUCACUCCCCCAGAGUUGCAGGACCCCCGCAUGUAUGAUCAGGUCUAUAGGUACUUAGACCUUCCAGGGCAGAUGAAGGCGAUAGACCGUCCGCAGGAGCCGGAGAAGAUACCGCGGGCACCUCACGAUCGGAAGAAGGAGUGGCAGAAACUGGCACUGGGCGCCGAGCUGGCCCAGGACAUACCAGAGGACAAACACCGAGAGGCCAACGGAUCUGCAGGUUAUCACGACAACAGGGCUCCCUUGUACAUGGAACACUUGGACGGGCCUUUCUCGCUGGCGGCGCUGCCCUACAGCCAGAUGAACGAGCUGCUGAACCGUACCGGGGACAGAAUGUAUUCACGGCCCCACGACCCUCCACCGCCUCCACCUCCCAUGCACCCACUGGGAGAGAUCAAGCCACCCUCUGUGAUCAGUUCCAGUUCGGGUUUUUCCGACAGCAGACCUCAGUCUCCAGCACGGACAGCAGGCCUCAACUCCACUCCUCCUCCACCGCCUCCCCCUCUCCCCCCUCCGCCUCCCCCGUUACCCUCCUCAGGCAUGCGGGGCACACCUCCUCCUCCCAUUCCUCCUCUACCAGUCCAGCAGCAGCCCCCGGCCAUCCCUCCUCCUCCUGCUCCUCUCCAGAUCGCCCCUGGCGUGCUGCACCCGGCCCCUCCACCCGUGGCACCUCCCCUGCACUGCUCCCCGGCCCGUCUCCAGCAGGUCCUGGACAGGGGCCCGCCCAUCGGCUCCGGGACCCAGUCGGACGGCAGCAUCCUGCCUCCUCCCCCACCGCCUCCUCCUCUGCCCCUCCCCGGAGCGCGGAGCUCCUCGCCCUGUCUGUCAGGCCCGCCACCUGUGCCAGCCUUCCCCUCAGCAGGAGCCAUGGCCUCCCCGCCACCCCACGCCAUGCACGAUAUGGGGAGCAAGAGGCACCACCCAGCCAAUCUGCCACCCAUCAGCGAUGCACGCAGUGUCCUGUUGGAAGCCAUCAGAAAAGGCAUACAGCUGCGGAAAGUGGAGGAGCAGCGAGAGCAAGAGGCUAAACACGAACGUGUCGGCAAUGACGUGGCCACCAUCCUGUCCCGCCGCAUUGCCGUGGAGUACUCCGACUCAGAGGACGAGUCCGAGUUCGACGAAGGAGACUGGAUGGAGUGAUGGUGAUCAGAGAAACGGAAGGAGAAAAAAAAAAAGCAGCGUUGGAGGAAGAGGACAAAUGUGUUCAGGUGCCCCCCCCCCCUCAACCCUGCACUCCACGCCUCGCCAUCAAAGAGUCCUUUCUACUCUGGAAAGAAGCGAAACAUUGUUGUUGCCCGUUUUUCCUUUCAUCAAGCUUUUUUUUUUUUUUUUUAAUCUCUGUCUCGUUGUGGUUUGUGUUCGGAGGAGAAUCUCCACGUCGCCCUCGUCCGUCUUUCUAGUGUUCCAAGAGAAGUUUCUGCAUUCAUUCUUUUCUGCACUACCACACGACCUUGUUUCUUCUGGAUUUCUUGUGAUGAAAUCCCCCAUGUUUACUAUUGUUAUACAGAAAAAUAACUUUUUUGAAGAACCACUUGCUUUUUGUUUCUUAUCUGUGCGUCGAUGUGAAAAAAAAAAAAGAAAAGGAAAAAAUGAAGGCAUGUUGCAUUUAACCUUAGUUCCCCAGCACUGUUCUGCCACCUAGUGGCUGAACGUGGCAUUGAAUGAAUGCUGUUUUUUUUAUUUUAUUUUAUCGUCUUUUAUUUACCGUUUUCUUCCUGCUGAAACAUUUGCAGUUUUAACGGGCCAGUAGUCGCUGAAAUGAACAGUCACUCAGUGUAAACACCAGCUGGGUUGUCUUUUUGUUUUCUCUCUCGUUAUCAGGACUGACUUCACCACUUAGAACAAGCAAAAGAUUGUGUUGGUAUGUUACGUGAUGAUUGCCGUUGAAAAUGAAGAAGGGGAAGCAUAUAGCGUGUGCAUAUCCA